AUGAUGGUGGCAAAUAGCUCGAACCUGAUAAUUACAGUUAAGCCGGUCAACCAGAACACUUGUCUCCCGCCUCGCAGACAGGCUCAAUCGGGUCCUCUUGGCAGCAUAGGCUCUCCGAUUUAUGGGGGGGGGAACAGCACUGAACCUUUAAGAACUGGGCUCUCAUCUGGCCCUCAACGAAACAGUGGUCGCAAUGCUCCCUCUGGUUUCGUUGGAGGGAUGAGCUCCAAUCAUAAACUUCAUUCUCCCACCUCCGAUAUCGCUGCUUCUCAAUCGGCUACUCACCGGGCCUCCCCUGUCGCUAUAUCAAAGCCGGCUUCUGGGUGGUCGAGUCUCUCGAGUGAUCAGCUGACACGAUCGGCUCGUGGAAAUGGAAGUGGCCGCGCCUUACCACACACUGGGAACCAGCAACCACAGUCCAUUUAUCCCUCGGGAACUUUGAUGAAUGGCGGCAGACACGAUAUUCACCUUGAUGAAAACACUAGGACUCCAGAUGACCGCAAAAAUCAAUACAUAACAGUAUCUGCGGCACCCAAGAAUACGGCAACGCGAUUAAAUAGUCCCCAUUCCAUGGGUCCUGUUCUAGAUGGCCGAAAUAUUGUUCAGCAUGUUGAGGAAAAACCUGCCAGAGGUUGUGAUAAUGUUGGCUUGAUUACUCUCUGA